GCGCCGGAGCCAUGAAGCGGGACGUGAGGAUCCUCCUCCUGGGGGAGGCCCAAGUGGGGAAGACAUCUCUGAUUAUGGCUCUGGUGGGAGAGGAAUUCCCUGAUGAGGUUCCAGCUCGAGCGGAGGAAAUCACCAUACCAGCUGAUGUGACCCCAGAAAAAGUGCCAACACACAUUGUGGACUUUUCAGAAGUGGAACAGACAGAAGAUGAGCUCAGGGAUGAGAUUGCAAAGGCGAACGUUGUCUGCGUUGUUUAUGAUGUCACAGAUUUACAUACCAUUGAGAAGAUCUCAUCAAAGUGGAUUCCUAUGGUCAAUGGCAAUGCAGAGCGCAACUCUCGACUUCCCAUAAUCCUCGUAGGGAACAAAUCAGACCUGCAAAGUGGCAGUUCCAUGGAGUCCAUUCUGCCCAUCAUGAACCAAUUCUCGGAGAUUGAGACAUGUGUAGAGUGUUCAGCUAAAAACCUAAAGAACAUCUCCGAAGUCUUCUACUAUGCCCAGAAAGCAGUACUACACCCCACCGCACCUUUAUAUGACCCCGAGGAGAAGCAGCUGAGACCGCAGUGCAGGAAAGCCCUGACUCGAAUUUUUACUAUCUCAGAUCAGGACAACAACCAGAUCCUGAGCGAUGAUGAGCUCAACUAUUUCCAGCAGUCCUGCUUUGGGAACCCACUGGCACCUCAAGCCUUAGAAGAUGUGAAGAUGGUUGUAAAAAAGAACACAGCAGAUGGCGUACGGGACAACGGACUGACGCUAAAUGGUUUUCUCUUUCUCAACACCCUGUUUAUCCAGCGGGGACGCCACGAGACCACGUGGACCAUACUGCGCCGUUUUGGAUACGACGAUUCACUGGAACUUACCGACGACUACCUCUACCCUCCAUUGCGUGUUCCUCACGACUCCUCCACAGAGCUCAACCAUUUUGGCUACCAAUUCCUGCAGAAGACGUUCGAGAAGCAUGACUUGGAUGGCGAUGGUGCUUUAAGUCCUUCCGAGCUGCAAAGUUUUUUCAGUGUUUUCCCCUACACCCCCUGGGGCCCCGAGCUGCAGAGCACGGUGUGUGUGUGGCAGAGAACGGCUUGCUGCCUCUGCAUGGAUACCUGUGCCAGUGGACGUGAGUUAAACAACCAUCUCAUUAUCUAUUAUGUGCUUCUAUUAGUCUCAUGCAGUGACAGUCAUCUGUGUGCUGCCGUUCCUUCACCUAGGCUCGCAAUACCUAGGAUUAGACUUUCUACAUCAAAACAACCUAAAAUCCAGUUGGAUGGCCUUUAUAUUAUAUUGCCUGGUUGCAGGGGCAUCUCUAGGGUUGCUGUCACCUGGUGCGGUAACACUUGGUGA